CUUCGCGAACCAUGGAUGCGUGCUGGGUCUCAGCCCUAAUCCCCCAGUUGCGUUCUUUGCUCCUUCUUUCUGAAAUAUCUUUCCUAGUUGUAACUCAAUUGCUCGCUCUAACCAACAAAAAGACUGCCAUACGGUCACUGUCGUGAUAAAUCAUCCAAAAAUGCGGUCUUGUGCUCUGAGCACGCGAUUUGAGUUCGAACAUUGUUGGAAAGGGAAUGGGUUUCAAGUUCUCCUACGUGUGUGAUUUACUCUCCGGCCUAGAGCGCAAUCGUCAUCUCAAAGCCACGAGUACAGCGAGAGCGCAAAACCCCGAUUUCCGUAUAAUCUCCAGCUGGUUCUUGAACUACUCGAAGCGGCUAUACGACAAGGAUACGGACCUACUUGCCGUGCUAUCAUGUCUGCUUCCCGAGAAGCGGCCGGAUAGAGUGUAUUUUCUACAGCAUGCUUCGCUAGCUCGGAUUAUCGGCAGAUGUCUGUACCUUGGAGCCUCGAGGUUGAAAGACCUCGGCCGGUGGCAGGUCAGCGGAGGAGGGGAUCUCGGUGAAUGCGUCGAGAAUGUAAUGAGUCAAGCUGAGAAUCAAAUACCUCCGGGGCAAGAAGUCACUGUUGAGGAAAUUGAUAAUGCUCUUCAAGAAAUUGCUUCCUGUUGUCGAUUUUCUGGUCCGAGUGUGCGCAGAAAACACGCCGCUGUCGAUUUCGAUGAGGUACUAGGAUCGCUCUAUCGCAGACUGAGCAGCCGAGAUGCGAAAUGGUUGACACGCAUGAUCUUGAAAUCAUACCAUCCCGUGCAGAUUCCUGUCGAUUACUUUCUUAAGAAAGUUCACUUCCUCUUGCCUCACUUACUGCUGUUCCAAAACUCACUUGAAGCUGCGGUUGAAUUGUUGAAGUCGCCUUCACUGAAGCUCUUCCCGCCUCAACCACAGUCAGACUUUGCCAAUUUGUUAAGCGAUAAAGCCCUCGAACACCUUGUACCUCGCCUUGGAAUAAAGAUAGGUCGCCCUGAAUACUAUAAGGCCCGAAGCAUCAAGCACUGCAGCAACAUGAUUCGUCAACGGAGAAUGAGCCUGGAAAGGAAGUAUGACGGAGAGUACUGCCAGAUACACAUAGACAUCUCGAAGGGACAAGACUGCAUUCAAAUCUUUUCCAAGAGCGGCAAAGACUCGACCCUUGAUAGGGCUGGAAUCCACGAUGUCAUAAAGCGUAGUCUCGCAAUUGGCGAUACGAAUUGCAAGGUGUCUCGACGCUGUAUUCUGGAAGGGGAACUGCUUGUUUGGGACGACAGAGACUGCCAGAUCAUGGAAUUCCACAAACUGAGGAAGUUCCUCAGUCGAUCUGGUGUAUAUAUUGGUGCAGACCUUGAUUCACAACCAAAGCCGUAUGAGCAUUUGAUGAUCGUUUUCUUCGAUAUACUGCUACUAGACGAUGACAUUUGUCUUAGUAAACCCCAUAGAUUACGGCGAUUGCUGCUGAAAGAAACAGUUAGGAUUGCCCCUGGACGUGCCGAAAUAUCUGAGCAGGAGAUCAUUGACUUUUCCCGCCCUGAUGCCAUACGACGUCUUCAACUGGCAUUAUCUCGAAGCAUCACCGAAAGAUGGGAAGGUUACGUGAUCAAAGCAUGUGAUGAGCCUUAUUUCUCUAUCUUAUCGCCAGAGAAAAGCGAUAGCUUCAGCCGUUGGAUCAAGCUGAAGAAGGAUUAUAUACCUGGACUGGGCGAUACUGCUGAUUUUGCCCUGAUAGGCGCUCGGUAUGACGCGAAAGAUGCCCCAUUGUUAUCGAAAGUCCGUCAACUCUCCUGGACACAUUUCUUUAUAGGCUGUCUCGAUAAUAAGGAAGACGUUGUUCGACAGACCUCCUCGCCACGAUUCCGCAUCGUCGACAUGAUUGGCACACACAGCUUGAAUGAGAACGAUAUGCAAGUACUCAACCAGUGGGGCAAGUUUGCCGCAUGUGAUGUUGACUCAAACACAGCAUUUGAUUGCUAUAGCAUUCAGAACUCUUUGCCCAAGAUGGAUGUUGCAUUCAAGACCCCGUUUGUUGUAGAGCUGCUGGGCAGUGGCUUCGAUAAGGCAGGUAAUGCUCAGUAUUAUACGCUGAGAUUUCCUCGAGUCCUGAAGAUCCACUGGGAUCGAUCUUUUAAGGAUACAGUUUCUUUCACUGAGCUGCAAGAUCUGGCUGAAAAGGCACGUGCUGUUCCUACUGAGGAGCUACAGGAAGAGAAUGCUUUAUGGUUUGAGAAGGUAGUCUCAACUGAUAAAAAGAAUGAGUAUAUUGUAGACAAAUCCCAAAGCACAACAACGUCAUCAUUCACAUGCACAUCUUCUUUGUCCAAAUCAGCCAGUCUAAUCUCACCAGAUUUGACACCGCCUUCAGUCAAACAGACACCAGCUUCGCUUAUUAGAGCUAACAAACAGAAUCCUAGCAAAGCUUUUAGUCAGUCGCCAUCUGUCAGUUCGCUUAACAAACACGAACGCACAUUGUCUCUUAUCCAUCCUCUUUCAAAGUUGAAUUCUACAUCAACCUUGCACGCUGCAUCGUCAGACCUGCACUCUGCAUCGUCAGACCUGCACUCAGCAUUGUCAACUUUGUACUCUGCAUCGUGCUCGAAGCGUCCUAAAAUAUCUGCAUCAACCUCAUCGUCAACCAUGGAGAAUUCUAUUCAUUUGGAUCAAGCUCCGCAGCAGUCUCUUCGAGCUCGAGGAAGCCCUAUCCCACGAGCAUUGACUACCAGUAUUGGCAGCAUUAGCGCGAACCCUACAUCUCAACUCCCUCACACCCCAAGGUUGGCUAGUGGAUUCACCACACCACUGCGGGAGAAUCCAAAUCUUGCAGAGUGUCCAAAUCCAAAACGUGCAGUUGCUACCUAUAAGGAGGCUUGGAAGUUCAUUGCAGAUGCAGCAGAUGUCGCUAAGAAAAACGAAGACGAGAAUUAUGACAUCGGGGAUUAUCACUUGAACAAAAAGGAUUCCCGCCAUCUCCAAGUUCCUCUCAAGUCUCCACUCUCUACUAUUCCAAUCUACUGUGGUGAAUUUGGCUUUCAAGAGGACAUGUUUCGUCAAGCUCCACGUGAAUUCACAUUCUCUGCAAAGCAUUUUGUGAAAUCAUUGGGUUUUCCACACACUCGUGAAGCACUUCAGUGGUCCAACCCGGCUGCAGCAGAGUUUGGCAUUGCUAUGGGCAUUGUGCUGGUCAACAUCAAAGACCCAUCUCGAGUCCUGGCUAUGCAGCUGUACAACCUCGGUAAUCUGGUGACCUCUGAACUUUCUCAGCCAAACACCGAGCUUCCAUCUCAGGGAAAGAUUUUCUUUCUUGACAGCCGCAUCCUCAAGGCUGGAGGUCAUGAAGGCAUCAACAAUGACAUCUUUCUCUUGAACGACUGGUGGACCGAAUACGGCACCCAGUACUUCUACGCUACCGUCUCCUGGCGCCAGGAUCGCAGCACUGCUCCGUCUAACUCUGGUCCUCGUCGCGUGAUCGAUCAGAUCAAUAAAUUUGGUGCUAGAGCUCUUCACUUUGGCGAACCUGCAGCUGCAAAAAUUAUCAAUCUCUACGAACCCAGCGAUGUCGAGGUUUUAGGCGAGUUUGUCUCCGUCCGGCCUAAUGUCCAUCUCUUUGGUGACCGUUACAAGGACCCCAAUGUUCGUACUGCGGAGGACGACAAAUUCCAUUAUCCACUCGAUAUACCAGACCCUAAUGGGGGCCUGGGAAUUCGCUACCCUCAGCAGCAGCCGUUUUUCGUCUAA